GGCCCCGAAUCUUUCAUCUUUUUCCUGCAGGUUCCAAGUUUUAAGGUUCUGUCGAAUCAAACGCGGUUUAAUUAUACAGCCGUGAGAUUUUGGUUAAUCAGCCAUAAUCCAUUAUCCUUCACCCAUUCAUUACCCAUCAUCCCCAUCCCCAUCCCCAUCCCCAUCGCCAUUCAGAGCCUUUCAUUACCGGGCCGUUAUUUCGUACUUACUGCGCACCGGUGGUUGAUUGAUUGAUUGAUUGUGUACAGCGCUGGUUACAAUCUCCAUUUUCUGUUCCAUCACAGCCACGGCCACGUCUUUUUUCCCAUCGUUGUAUUAUUAGAUAUCGUACCGGAUCCUCACAUCGCCAUCACCACUCUCACCACUCACCACUCACCACUCAGCUACACUCGGGUCAAAGAAUACAACAUUUAAACCGUCCAUUCUUUUCAACUGCCUCGAGUUUCUCCACCUAUCGACCGUUCACUCUCGAGCCCAUACCUACCGACCUACAUAUCCAUAUACACACGCCUACAUAUAUUGGUACACCAUCGUCCCAAACGCCAUACAUAGGUCCCAUACCACAGCCUUCAAUUACGAAAAGAAUUGCCACGAUCGUUGCCAAUGAGAUCACAGUGUGUCUGAUAAAACGAAAAGAGGAUCAUCCCAUAACCCCAUAAACCCAUUUUGGUCUUUCCAAGUGCAAAAGGUACAAACGAAAGAGACAAUAAAGUUUGAUUGAUUUGGAGAGAUAUCUUACUUUUUCUCGACUCGACCACCACGCAUCUCGUCACCCAUCUCGGCAUUUCCCUCGCAGAACGGAUUACCUCUUGUAUACUACUUAUAUCAUCACCUUGCCUGUCUCCUUUCAUUACAUUUGUUUGUUUGUUUAUUUACCAACCAAGCACUGACUGGUAUAAAAAGAAGUGAAGCACGAAGUGAAAGAAGAAGUGAUCUUAUUAUUAUUAUUAUCAUUAUUAUUACUAUUACUAUUACUGUAGCUCUGCUGAAGCUUGUUAGCGCAAUCCAAUCUCGCUAAUUCAAAGGUCCUGAAUGUCCCAUCCUAUUAUCGACACUCAUCUCGUCCAAUCUUCAUUCAAAAGUCAUUCUUUCAAUUUCUCUCCUUCAGGAGCGUCGAGAUUUGUUGAUUGGACAUCAACUUAAAUCAUUCGACGCGUUUUGAAGAUAAAAGUCCUUGGAUUCGAUUCGACAGAUCUUUAUAAAGAUUUAGUCCUCUGAUAAUCUUGUUUUUUCUUAAUCAAUAUCGAAUUGCCCUCGAUGAGUAAUGAGGUAGCUCAGCCGACUGAGCAAGAUCCUAGCCGCUCAACUUCAUUGGAAGGAACGAAAGGAGCCAAACCACCUACCCUCGACACUUCCAACUUCACCGCAGUUUCCCAACCACCCAGCUCAUCUACACAGCAGUCAACUACCCAAAACACUUUGACAGGAGAUUCCGAUAACGGUUUGAAUUCGACCACAAACGUUGAUAACGAUCAAGGACGAACCAGCGAAACUUUGACUGAAACUCCCAAGAAGAAUAAAGACCUACUUAAAGUUCCAUCGAGAUCCUCUUCCAACAAAAUUCAGCAUUCGCCAACUUCUACAGGUUUGAGUGGAGCGACGGCGAGCGAGGGAAGAGAGAGCAUAGGUGGGCGAUCCAAGGAAUCGAAGGGUAGUUUUCUUGGGCGAAGGCGGAAUGGGAGUGCAGCAAGCAGCAAAAUGUCGAUAAAAUCACCUGGAAAUCCCACGGGCGCUGCAGGUGCUUCGCAACCAGCAGUUCCAGACGCACCUUCAGUUCGUCAGCCGAAAAAGAAGAAGAGCUUUCUCUCUCUCCUUUGUUGCGGUACUCCGGACCACGCCAAUUCUUUGGAUGCACCUGUUCCGGCCAACAAGGUCUCAAAAUUUAGUUUAAGUCGCCCUACAACAGCUAAGCAACCCGACGCGAGUAAGAUGGGACAACAAGCCAGUGUUCCCGCGGUACCACAAGUGGAGAAAGAGAAUUUGCUGCAACCACAACAGGCGCCUCAAGUCGAGAGUGGAGAGGAGAAGCAUGACGCAACAAGCUCUCAAGAAACCGCCAAGGCUACCUCUUCUUCGGAUGCCAAUGGGGAGCUGAAUCGUCCAAUCAGCAACGCUCGCGAUCAACCUUUGCCAGACUUGCCCACUGUCGUAGAAUCAGAGCCCACGCUACCCGAGACCGCAAACCCAACAGUAUCUGUUGACACCCCAGCGCAAUCUGAAACGGCAAUUGGAGCUGUAUCUCCAAGUUCGGAUCUGGGACAGCAAGAUGGUGGGGAUGAGAAGAUCGCAAACUUGGAUCCAGGAACUACGGAAAUCGAAGAGGCCCCAUUACCACUCCCAAAAGACGAACCAUUGGCUGGUCAAACUCUCCCCCCUCCUCCGCCCGUUCCUCAAAUUCCAACUACCGAGGAUGAUGCCGAAGUAGAAUCGAUAGAUCAAAAACAACAAUGGCUCUUACCACCAAUUGCACCAAGAUUCAAAGGGAAAAAAUGUCUGGUUCUUGAUCUCGACGAGACUUUGGUACAUAGUAGUUUUAAGAUCUUGCACCAAGCAGAUUUCACCAUUCCUGUGGAGAUUGAAGGGCAAUUUCACAACGUAUACGUGAUCAAGCGUCCUGGUGUUGAUCAAUUUAUGAAGCGAGUCGGGGAGCUCUACGAGGUUGUGGUCUUCACAGCUUCAGUUUCCAAGUAUGGUGACCCACUUCUCGACCAACUAGACAUUCAUCACGUUGUUCACCAUAGACUUUUCCGUGAAAGUUGUUACAACCAUCAAGGAAAUUACGUAAAGGAUCUUUCUCAAGUCGGUCGCGAUUUGAGAGAAACCAUCAUCAUUGACAAUUCACCAACCUCUUACAUCUUCCACCCGCAACAUGCUGUUCCUAUCAGCAGUUGGUUCUCAGAUGCUCACGACAAUGAGCUUUUGGAUCUAAUCCCAGUUCUUGAGGACUUGGCCGGCUCGCAGGUCCGAGAUGUCAGUUUAGUUCUUGAUGUUGCGCUCUAAGAAGGGGGCAAAAUCUUCUUGCAAUUCGCUUGAUAUCAUAGCGGAAGGCGUUUCGGUUGAUACCUUUGGUUUCGUUGUAGAGUGUACUGUUUAAUCUAUAUAAUGGGCCAGCGUGCUGGGUCAGCCUUGGUGCAGGAAGGUAUGCGAGUGGGAGUGAUGGAGGAAAAUUGCUAGAAGGCGCGAGAUUGAAUAAGACCAACGGGUCAAAAUCUCCGCGAUUGAGAUGUGAAAAAAAUCACAUCAUCUCAGUGGAACAACGAACAGCAAAACAGCAAGCAUCAUACGAUGCACACCGUACAACAACAGAUCGGCCUGUCACAUUCUUUUCCUGCCCAGCAAGAUCUGAGGCACUUUGGGCAGACGCUUAUCCGACAUUUUCAUUUGUCCAACUCUUUUUUUUUUACUUUCCUACUUUAUUAAAACUUCUCGGGGCUUUGCGCAUGGCGCAGACUCUUCAUGUAUCAAACACUCUAUCCACCGUCUGUGAAUGCUUUGGAGAUAGCAUUCAUCAAAUACCAAAAAUGAAACGAUUCCAUACGACCUUCUACUUUACUUACACUCCAAUUACACCUUUCUUGUAAAUAAUUACUGGGUAAAUAAAAACUUAAUAAUAAUACUAAGAUGCAUUUUUGGGUGGCUAUUUCUUAUUGGUUUCCA